CUGGAAGGACCGCGGCCUUUCCUGAACCCACCCCGUUAGAUUUCUCAGCCAAUCCGGACGGGCCCGAGAGUGGCAUGGCUGCCCCCAGCUUUGCGGCUCGGGGCACAGCUAAUACUGAGACGUAUCUCGGGGCUGGCUCCUGGGACCCGCGCUGGCCAUUGGGCUUUCCGGGUUCGAGGUCGUAGGCUGGGACUCCGAGGAGAAUGGAUCCUCCUUUGGAUGCAUGGGGCCUCUCCUCAUCUUUACUAUCAUUAUGGAUAAACAGGUUUUACAUUUACUGGGGCUUUGCCUUUGGCAUUAGCCUUUGGAUUUGUGUCCAGAUUGUCAUCAAGAGACAGGCCAAGAACUCACAGGUGAAAUCCGUUUCAAAAGCAAACCAGGAAUUGAUGACAAAUGGUUACAUUUCCCUUCAGAAGAGGGAAAUCUUUGUGUCUGGAGUGAAGAUUUUCUAUGGUUCCCAGACUGGAACCGCAAAGGGGUUUGCAGCGAGUCUUGCUGAAGCAGUAACCUCCCUAGACUUGCCGGUGGAAGCUAUUAAUCUGAAAGAAUAUGAUCCAGAUGAUCACCUGGCAGAAGAGGUCACUAGUAGAACCGUCUGUGCUUUCCUGCUUGCCACGUAUACGGAUGGCCGGCCGCCUGAGAGCGCGGAGUGGUUCUGCAAGUGGUUGGAGGAGGCAGCCAGUGAUUUCCGGUUUGACAAAACUUACCUAAAGGGGAUGAGAUACGCGGUGUUCGGUCUGGGAAAUUCUGCCUAUUCAAACCACUUUAACAAGGUUGGCAAAAAUGUCGAUCGGUGGCUCUGGAAGCUCGGUGCUCAUCGCGUGCUGACGCGAGGGGAGGGCGACUGCAACGUGGCUAAAAGCAAGCAUGGCAGCAUCGAAGCCGACUUCAGGGCUUGGAAGGCCAAGUUCAUCUCCCGGCUGCGUGCACUGUGUAAAGGAGAGAAGAAGUCCUGUGGUGGCAACUGCAAGAAAGGCAAAUGCGAAUCCAAACAGCAUGGCCCGGAGGAAGUGGAGCCAGGGCCUCACACUCAGGACGAAGCGCAUCACAGAGGCCCCAAGGAGGAAGAGCCCUGUGAGAGCACUAGUGAGGAAGAGUGUGGUCCUGAAGACCAUCAGGGCUUCAGCUCUGUUGUCGAUGUUGAGGACCUUGGCAAACUCAUGGAUCGCGGGAAGAAAGAAAAGAGAGAAAAGGAGCAGCAGGAAGAGAAAACUAGUUUGUUCAGGAGCACAGGGAAGAAUGAAGAUGAUGGGAGAAGAGCUAUGAUAACUCCUGCUCUCCGAGAAGCCCUUACUAAGCAAGGCUAUCAGCUGAUUGGGAGCCACUCUGGGGUGAAGCUCUGCAGGUGGACAAAGUCAAUGCUCCGAGGGAGAGGAGGUUGCUAUAAACAUACAUUUUAUGGCAUUGAAAGCCAUCGCUGCAUGGAAACCACCCCGAGUCUGGCGUGUGCAAAUAAGUGUGUCUUUUGCUGGCGGCAUCACACCAAUCCUGUGGGCACUGAGUGGCAGUGGAAGAUGGACCCGCCUGAAAUGAUCUUAAAGGAAGCCAUCGAAAACCAUCAGAACAUGAUUAAACAGUUUAGAGGGGUGCCAGGUGUCAACGCAGAGCGCUUUGAAGAAGGAAUGGUGGUGAAGCAUUGCGCACUGUCCCUUGUGGGAGAGCCGAUAAUGUACCCAGAAAUCAACAGCUUUCUAAAGCUUCUCCACCAGUGCAAAAUCUCCAGUUUCCUGGUCACAAAUGCGCAGUUCCCCACGGAAAUCCGAAACCUCAAGCCAGUUACUCAGCUGUAUGUCAGUGUGGAUGCUAGCACCAAAGAUAGCCUGAAGAAAAUUGAUCGCCCACUCUUUAAGGAUUUCUGGCAAAGAUUCCUUGACAGUUUAAAAGCCUUAGCAACAAAGCAACAACGGACUGUGUACAGACUGACGCUGGUCAAAGCCUGGAAUCUGGAUGAACUGCAGGCCUAUGCUGAGCUCGUGAGCCUGGGGAAUCCUGACUUCAUCGAAGUGAAGGGUGUCACCUACUGUGGAGCAAGUUCGGCAAGCAGUCUGACCAUGGCCAACGUGCCCUGGCACGAGGAAGUCGUCCGGUUUGUCCGCGAACUGGUGGAGCUGAUCCCUGACUAUGAUAUCGCCUGUGAGCACGAACACUCCAACUGCCUCCUGAUAGCACACAAAAGGUUUAAGGUUGACGGAGAAUGGUGGACGUGGAUCGACUACGGCCGCUUCCAGGAGCUCAUCCAGGCGUAUGAAGACAGCGGUGGGUCAGAGACUUUCAGCGCCCAGGAUUACAUGGCAAAAACGCCACAGUGGGCGUUGUUCGGUGCCAGCGAAAGAGGCUUUGAUCCCAAGGACACGAGAUACCAGAGGAAGAACAAACCCAAGGCGAUUUCCGGCUGUUGAGCUUGUCUUCAGGAUCUAAAGGAUAAAAGCCCGACGGCCCACGAGGUGCUUGGGCUGUGUGAUUUUCCCAAGGAUAAAUGCUAUUGUUUCCUGUAGUUGCGACACGAGCCGCAUACCUGGGUAGGAGAGGUGGCUUCCACACCGUGGGCGCCUGACACUCAUCUCCAGUAUUUCUUAGCCGAACUCAGCUCCUUUCCUGGUUUUGUUUCUCAGAGGGAAAUCAGUUUUUAGGAGGAAGUAGACAGUCACCACAAGGAUUUAACUAACAGUUUUAAACUCUAUUCCAGGAAGACUUCCUGAAGCGCCGUUCACGAUAGUGUUGUACAGGAAUGAGGAGCUGAGCCUCUGCCUGUGCCUGUGCCUGUGCCUCUGCCUCUGCCUCUUCCUCUGCCUCUUCCUCUUCCUCUUCCUCUUCCUCUUCCUGGGAUGUUGGCUUCUUGUGGAACAGCCACUGAGCAUUGAAUUGGAGCGCUCUUAGCUACACGUGCCUGCUCCCAAAGAGGGGAGCCCAACCCCUUCUUACAUCGUAAGACAACAGCCCCUGGAAAAAAAUUUAAGUCCUCACAGUUUUCCAUUACUUUUCAGUACUGUGUCCAUGACUUUGAAUUUUUGCUUCUGACCCUUUUUUAUGAUAUCACUCGGCUCUAAAACUGAGCUAGCUGGCACCCGUUCCCAUGCAGAUCCCCUUAGAAGGUAAUACAGGGGCUGGAUCCCCGCACGCGGUCCCCUGUGCAGGAGGAGCUGCCACACCGUGGCACUGAGCAGUGAGCCUCAGGAACGCACUUGACUGAGGGGCCCGAGUGCUUUCCAUUGGAACGACCACUGUCCUGGCCUCGUCCCAGGACACAGAACCCACAGCUGUCCACCCUCUUUCACUCCCGGAGCCCUCGCUGCCCUGGACCAGCUUGCCUUUAGGAUUCCAGUCUUUCCUCAUUGCAAAUACUGUUGUCAAUCCCGCCCCCCCACCAAGUUGUCAAAGUUAUUUUAAAACUCCUUUAAAACUGAGUUAAUAAAACAAUCUUUUGUAAAGAC